ACCUACCUGAUCGGAAAAGUGAAAGAGAAAGGUGUUGUUUUCUUCGCAGGAAUGGAGACUGCUCUGAAAAUGUACUUGUAUCUGUUGCUGUUAGUGUUCAUCUGUGACGGGUUCCAUGUCCAUGGUCCACCAGAUCCUCUCAUUGUUCAGCUGGGAGACUCAGUGAUGCUGCCCUGCUUUGUAGAAACUCCUCUACCACUGGAAGAUCUGGAAGUAGAGUGGAAAAGAAAUGACAGUGAAACUCUAGUGCACUUGUGGCAGAAUGGAGAGAGUCGACCAGAGUCUCAGAACCACCUUUAUCAUGAUAGAGCUCAGUUUUUCACUAAGGGGAUUGCUCAUGGAAACUUCUCCCUCCUUCUUACAGAUGUAACUAGUAAAGAUGCAGGAGUUUAUAAGUGUACUGUUUACACAACGCUGGAUUCUGGUGAAACUCUGAUUGAAAUCAAGGAUAUUGAGCGUUUGAUCGUGUCUGGAGCCCAUGUUAUAUCUGCGUAUGCGGGUGAAGAUAUCACUCUGAACUGCUCUGUAGACUCGCAUCUCCCACCAGAAAAUAUUGAAGAGGUGUCAUGGAAGAAAAUAGAUGAAGAUAUCUUAGUGCUGCUUUAUCAAGAGGGUCAGAUCCUGACAGAGUCGACUGGUGAGAGAUACGUGGACAGAGUAGAAUUCUUCAGUGCUGAAGAAAGAAACAAAGGAAACUUCUCUAUGAGACUGAAGAAUGUCCGAACAGAGGACAAAGGGCUGUAUAUGUGUUUAGUGUUCUCUGGGGAAUUAUCAGCUAACACAACUGUGGAGAUACAACAGCUGGGUUUUUCAUCUAUGCAUAUUGGAAUUGUUCUUUUGUGUAUACUCGGAUUUGGAAUCGGAUCACUUAUACUAGGCUACCUAUCUUACACAUGUUAUAAAAAGAAAGACAGCAAAAUAACUAUGCAGCAUGUACAAUGGGUACAUCUCAUUUGUCCUAACAUUACUAUGUCCUUUGUCUUCAUACUUUGGGGUGUUACUGAGGGGUUUGUUACUGAAGCAGCAACUUGUUCAGCACUUAAUUUUUUUCGGAUCCUUUUCCUACUUUGGAUUGCUCUCCAUUUGAAUACAUUUCAAGAUAAUCAUCGCCGAUUAAUUAACAACUUGGCAAUUUCACUUCUUUAUGGUGUGAUAACUGUUGUUGUUUAUUAUCCUGUUGUUGUGGAUGAAUGGUAUAAAUCAAACAGUGAAAGGAAAGUGGUAGUGAUAUUUUUGCUUCUGAUGCUACUUAUUCCUCUUCUGUAUGCUUUCACUAAAGAAAAAGGAUUCUGUAAAAAGUUUCAAAAUCAUCAUUACGUAAUUACAGAAGCCUUCAAUUUGCUACGAAUGUAUUUUAUUGCAAUAACAUAUGGACGUCGUCCAGAAAAUCUGGCUGUGUUAGUGUUUCCAUUCUUGGCAGUGAUUUGUUUUGUUUUUUAUCUUAAACUAAAAAAUCUAAAUUAUUUACUUUGGGUAUCAGUGAUGUUGAUCCUGGAGGUUCUAAGUGCAUCAGGGUCAAUCUACAUCCAUUAUGAUGUGCAGAUGGAUGUGAAAGAACGUGACACAUUGGUCUGUGUGACUGUUUUCCUCCACAUUUUGACCCUGAUUACACUGUUUACACAAAUAAACCGUUCAUCAGAGUCCAGAAACACUGGAACACAGCGAUCUUUAUCCUAUUUGGUUGUGUUCAUGUUUGGUACAGUGGGGGUUGUUUUUGUGAACACUGUUACAUUAGUAGUAGAGCUGAUCCUUAAAACACGAAAUGGUGAGCGGACAGUGGAUCUGCGACUUAUUCUCCUACCAACUGAAAGUUUCUUUGCUGCCUGCUGCCUUGCUUUACAAAUAUCUACUUUCUGUCAAACAAAAGAAUUGUGUAGGUGUAAACAGACACCAGACAAUGAUUCAGCUUUACAACAUGAACAUGAAAUGGAGAAUCUGGCUCCUGUUCCUCAGCCCCCAGGGUCUUAGCGG